GAUUAGGAAGAAAAAAGAUAGAAAAGAAAGGGAAAAGAUAAAGGAUGAAUAAAAAAAAGGGUUAGAAUUCUAGACCAAGGAUAGAAUAAUCAUAAGGAAAGAAAAAGAAUAAAGAAAAUGCUGUUUGAAAAGAGAGCUAAAGAAAAUUUUGUCCUGAAAAAUGAGACGCUAACAUGUGACCAGUCAUAAAUAUAUGUACCAAAAAUUAUAUAUGGCAAAAAUUUUUCAUAGCUAACAAAGUUUUGGAUACAAAAACUUGGUCGAAAUCACCAACAAUUGAAUGCUGUGUAUGAUAAAUCUGCCAUGUUUGCAAAAAAAACUUCCGAUUUUAAUCUCAAUUCAAUAAUUGAUAAUUGUAUCGUUUGGAAAGAUGAUGUUGGAUAUCUUCCGGGUAGUUCUUUGAAAUUUAAACGUGAUCAGGAUGGUGAAUUAUGGUUACAUGAUCAAGAUGAAAAUUCCAGUGCUAGUAGCAGCGACGAUGAUGAUUAUGAUGAUGAUGAGAAUGAUAGUUUUGAAACUAUACGAAAGAAGCAAAAAUUAAUAAAAGAUCAUUUAUUUGAUCGAAAUGAUAAUGAUCAUUUGGAAAUAUCACUUUGUUCGCGAUGUUUUAAAUCCGAUUUCAGAGAAAAUCUCCUUAAGAACAACAAAUAUUGCAAACAAUGUGCUCAAAUCGAUCCACAAAUGUACAAAAUAUAUAAAAAUUUUGAUUCACAUUCAACGCCUAAAAACAUUGAUCAAGAUGAAGAGAAACACAUUAAUCCAUUACGAAAACUUACACAACGAAAAUUAUCCAAUGAUUUUGAACUUCCGACUGAAUUUGAAUGGGAAAAAUAUUUGAGCAAAUAUCAGAUCGAAUCGUUACCAUCUGUAUAUUUUUUACCAGAACAAAAUUAUCCCUCUAUGCGAAAUGAAUUUAAAGUUGGCAUGAAACUUGAAGGCAUAGACCCAUCUCAUCCGUCCAAAUUCUGUGUUUUAAGUAUUGUCGAUAUUCAAGGUUUUCGUUUGCGAUUACAUUUUGAUGGUUAUAAUGGUCGAUUCGAUUUUUGGGUGAACGCCGAUAGUAAACAAAUUUUUCCUAUUGGUUUUUGUAAGAAAACUUAUAGAAAACUUGAAUAUCCACCUGGAUUGAGUACAUUCAACUGGAAAAUAUAUUUAUCAGUAACAAAUAGUAAAGCGGCUCCCGAAAAUCUAUUCAGUAUCAAUAAAGUUCCAUUUGAUCGAUCGAUUAUUAAGGAAUUUUCUAUCAAUGAUAAACUUGAAGCAGUCGAUAUUGCAAACAGUGCAUUGAUAUGUGUUGCUACAAUCAAAGACAUUCUCAAUGAUCAAAUUUUGAUCCAUUUCGAUGGAUGGGAUGAUAGUUUUGAUUAUUGGACACCAGUAACAUCGCCAUUAAUUCAUCCAAUCAAUUGGUGUAAAUCUAAAUCAAAAUGCUUGACUGCACCAAAUGGAUACCGUAAAGAAUUUUCAUGGGAUGAUUAUCUCAAAGAAACAAAUUCAAAACCAGUUCCUGAAAAUGCCUUCAAUUUUGAAGAGAAAAAAUCCCGUUCAUUGUUCCAUUUUUGGAGGCCAGGAAUGCGUUUGGAAGCUGUUGAUAAACGUAAUCCACAUUUGAUUCGAGUUGCAUCUGUAGUCAAUCGAAAUAUGCACUCCAUAACAAUUCAUUAUGAUGGUUGGGAUGAAAAGUACGAUUGUGAGUAUGACGAAGAUUCACCAGAUUUGCAUCCAAUUAAUUGGUGUCAUCUAACAAAUCAUAAAUUAGAACCACCUCCCAACAAAUAUUUGGCUAAAUUGAAUACAUUAUGUCCAGUUCCAUAUUGCAAUGGCUAUGGUCAUUAUAAAUGGUACAAAUAUCGAACACAUUCUCGUGAAAAAGAUUGUCCUUAUUCAAAAUAUAAUUAUGAUUUGGAAAGAGUCGAAAAUCUUGAUCGAUUUGCCGAUAUGAUUGUUUCCGAUAGUGAAGGAGACGAUAUGAGUGAAAAUAAUUUUUAUACUUUCGAAUUCGGUAUUGAUAGCGAUAUGAUAAAAUGUGAAGCUAAACUACAAGAAAAAAUUCAUCCAUAUUAUUUGAAAUUAAUUAAGGAAAAUUAUUUAGAAAUGAAAAGAACACUUAAAACGAAUAAUGUUCAUACGUUACGAUAUUUAAUGGAUUAUGUCAAAAGUCUUGAUUUCAAUCCAUUCGAUAUUGUUGGAUUCGAAUGUCAAAAAAUGUAUGAAGUAAUUGAAAAAUUAACAAACAGUUCUGAAACGGCCAACAUUUUUUAUCAAGAGAAAAUUGAUGGUAUCACAUUUCUUUGUCUUCGACACGAAGAAAUUACUAGCAAACUAAAAAUUGAUCUCAAUUCGGCCGUAAAAAUUGUUCCAUAUCUAUUUGCCAAUCUUAAAUUUCUAUUCAAAGAUGGUUUUUAAAUUCAAAUCGAACAAUAAAUAACGAAUGAUUUAAUGAAUAAA